CAUUAAUUUAGACGUAGGCUGAUGUUGUUGAUUAUAAGAUGUCACUCUUACUAUUCAUCUUCUAGGCUAGGUAACCAUUCUGCCAAUUGUUUUUCUUUCCUUGUUCAUAUUUCAUUUAUAAUAAAGAAUUCGUAAAAAUUAACAAUUUUCAAUUACAAAGUACUAUAAAAGCAUCAUUUGCAAUGUUAUGUCAGCUUUCAAGACAAUGGAGAGUUACGUUGUCAUACCCAAAAAUAUUUUCAUUCUGAAACUGAAUCAGUGGUUGUUGCUGAUUGCAAUAAAAGUUUUACAAUUAUUUUCUACAGGUAUCACAAAAUUAUUAUAUUUUCAAAUUUCAAUUCAUUUUUACAUGGAUACGAAUCUUUAAAAUAAAAAUUUAGAAUAUUGACAUCUGACAUGACUUUAAAAACAAAACAAGAUGUCAAAUGAUCAUUUACUAUUAAAAUGGUAUGAAAAGCUUUCGAAGUUGCCUGUCUGAAAUAAGCGAGUUUAAUAUCUUUCUUGAACCAUUCCUAUUAUUGAUUGUAGACCUUUGAGAAAUAUAUUUUAUUAUUGAAUUUAACAUCCGAAAUGUCAAGCCUAUAUUAAUUAAAAGAAACAAAUUUAUAUUUCUCGUUAAUUAGUUACGGUACCUUUACCAACGCUUUAUCAAACAUUUUUGCAGAAAAUUUUUAUUUAAAUUUAUUCAACUAUAUAUUAUAAUAGGAUAUGCAUUAUAAGAUAUUACACUAAAAUUGAUAAUAAUUAAAUUUUGAUAAGUUAGAUCUGAAACAUUUAUUUAAGAAAGGAAUGGAUAAACUACUCGACUUAGCAUGAAAAAAUCAGCUGAUAGUGCACAAAAGGCUGUUGAUCUUCAAAAGAAAGCAGCUGAGAACGCUAUGAAAUUUGCUGAAAAAGCUCAAGUUACAGCAGAAAAAAUGAAUGAGGCUUGUAAUAGUUUAGGGACAACAGGAAGAAAUGAGUUAUUGAAAAACACUCGACUUAGCAUGAAAAAAUCAGCUGAUAGUGCACAAAAGGCUGCUGAUCUUCAAAAGAAAGCAGUUGAGAACGCUAUGAAAUUUGCUGAAAAAGCUCAAGUAACAGCAGAAAAAAUGAAUGAGGCUUGUAAUAGUUUAGGGACAACAGGAAGAAAUGAGUUAUUGAAAAACACUCGACUUAGCAUGAAAAAAUCAGCUGAUAGUGCACAAAAGGCUGCUGAUCUUCAAAAGAAAGCAGCUGAGAACGCUAUGAAAUUUGCUGAAAAAGCUCAAGUUACAGCAGAAAAAAUGAAUGAAACUACAAGUAAGAGUAGAUGCUCUUUCAGUAACUUACCGUUCAUCUAAACUUUACCCACAAACUUUGAAAUUUAUAAUACGAAUUUCAAAACAUUCUUAAACUUGUAAUCUUAUUUAUUACAUUUUUAAAACAGCGUUUUUAUUGUACUGUUUCUCUACAAUAGUUUUCCACUAUAUUAGCAGACUGGAAUUGCCUUCAAUUGAUUUAAAUCAGUUGUCGGAU